UGCCAGUAAAGACCAUAGAAAAAGAAGAAGACCGCAUGGAUUAAGCUAGAAAACUGCUGCAUUGUCCCAUUCCUGCUAAUAUUUCAGCAACCAUGUCUUCAGCUCAGCAUCUCAGAGAGUUUAUCAGAGAGAGACUAACUGCUGCUGCUCAAGAAAUCUUCACCGAGGUUGAAAAAACCAUCAUUUGCUACGAGGAAGAGCUCGAUGCUCAGCGCAGGAUGAUGGGGAUCAACUGGAAACCAGAAAUUAAGCUACACAGAGUCGGUUCGGAGCUGCAGAGACAAAGUUCUGACCUCCAACAGCCAGGUGUCUCCAAUGAGGAGGAAGCUUCUGCCACCCAACAAAUCUGGAGCCUGGCAAGUAGGUCCAGUCAGAAUCAGAAAGAAGCAGAACAUCAGUGGACUGAAGAGGUACAGAUGGAACCAGAACCAAAAUGGAUUAAAGAAGAAGAGGAGGAACCAGAACCUACACUGCUCAAACAUGAGCAAAUAGAAUAUCCACUAACAAAUGUAAAAAAAGAGGAACUAUAUUCUUCAGCACUUAAACAUGAACAGCAGCCACCAGAACAUUUACUAACUGGACAGGACCAGAAGAACCUCUGCAGCAGUCAGGAGAGAGAGCAGCUUGUCCAGAAGCAGUUUGCUGCUUUGAUUGAGACUUCUACUCUUCAGGAAGAUGAUAUGAAUGAAGAAGAGAGAAGAACAGAGCAGUUUUCCCUUCAUAUCUCUCCAGUGGUUGAGAGGAAAAAUCAGGAAGGAAGCAGCUCCUCUGUGUCAGAGAAUCAGUCUGGUACCAGUACAAAGAAAAGAUCUUUCAAAUGUGAAAUGUGUGGGAGAUGUUACACACAACUGUGUAAAUUGAGAAACCAUUACAGAACCCACACUGGUGAGAGACCUUUUUCAUGUGAAACAUGCGGAAAAAGUUUCUCUCUAAGUUAUAUUUUAAAAAGUCACAAGAAAACUCAUACAGGAGAGAAACCUUUUUCAUGCCAGUCAUGUGGAAAGAGUUUCUCUCGAAUAGGUAAUUUAAAGGUCCACAAAAGAACUCAUACAGGUGAGAAACCUUUUUCAUGUCAGUCAUGCGAAAAGAGUUUCUCACGAAUUAGUCAUUUAAAUCGUCACAAGACAAGUCAUACAGGUGAGAAGCUUUUUUCAUGCCAGUCUUGUGAAAAAAGCUUCAAUCGAAGGGAUAAUUUGAUCAUUCACAUGAAAACCCAUACAGGUCAAGAGCUGCUUUGAAGCCAAACCUGUGAAAAAGUUGCCUUUGAAAUUGGUCACUUAAUUAUUCUCAUUAGAACCCACAGGAAUGAGAUGGGUUUUUCAUGAAAUAUGGAGAAGAAAGUAUUCUUUCAUGCUGGUAAACUGAAUUUUCACAUAACACAAAUACACAAAUUAGUCAUUAACUCACACAGAUUCACUGUAAUAAAUAUUAAACCCUGUCUUGGAUUGUUUCACUUUCCAAACAUUAGACCUUCACCUAUUUUUGAAGGUCUAAUGGUUGCCCAUUUAGACCUGCAUUUUGCCCAUUUAAGGAUUUUUUAGCAAAUUUUGUUAAAUUUUCUAAAGAAUAUUUAGAAUAUUCAACGUGAUUUCAACUGGCUUGGAAGUGGAAAUAUUGAAGGUCUACGGUACUUGACAUGCUACUGGCUGACUUUUGCAAAUUAGCCAAUGAGGACCUUUCAGAACCCUCCUCAGAUUUCCAGGAUGGACAUCUGCAAGUCAAAUGUUUGUCAUGAGAAACACACAAAUAUUCAAGCUUUGCUGAAGAAUUUCUUGUCUAAAUUUAUGUGAGACUUGGAUGUAACAACUUAAUAAAAGCUCUGACAAAUACAA